AUGGAUCCCUAUCAGUACCAACCGAUCAAUCUUGGUCGAGCUUCUAUUCGACUUCUCCAACUCCACAAAGGGGACUGGUCCGAUAAAAUUCAAGGGCAGUUUAUCAAUGCUUGGUUUGACGAUUCUGAUAGUAUCAUGCCAUAUUUUGCGUUGUCUUAUACAUGGGGAUACAUUGACAAAGUGGAAGAGGUUAUAAUUGACGGCGCGAAAAUCAAAGUGACUUUCAACUUACAUAUGGCACUUCAGCAUCUAAGAUCUGAGGAAGAGGAUCAGAUUUUUUGGAUUGAUGCUUUGUGUAUCAAUCAGGAGAAUGUCCACGAGAAAAUUCAUCAAAUCAGACAGAUGGGUGAUAUAUACAAGAAGGCUGAAAAAGUGGUGAUUUGGUUAGGUCGAGGUACUGAAGACUCUGACCUGGUGAUGGAUGCCAUGAAGCGGCUGCGGAAGGCAAGUUUGGGUUGGCAUCCAGCAGAGUGGAAAGAUAAGUCCAACGGUUGGGUCGAUGAAAACAAUGAACACCUGACGAAUUUGCGCGAACAAAUGAGAUUGAUAUUGGAACGACCAUGGUUUCGAAGAAUCUGGAUCUUGCAAGAAGUUGCUAAUGCUCGUCGAGCAACGACAGUGCAUUGUGGUAAUAGAUUUAUCAGCGCUACGAUCUUCUCCCAGUUUCCAGCUCUGAUUGCUUUAAACCCCGCCGCACAUUGUCAAUCGGUUCUGGAUAUAAUGCCUGGAAUAUCGCGACAAGAGUCCUGGUGGGCGCAAGGUCAGAAGCUUCACACCUUGCUAGUGAAGUUUCGCAGAAGCGAGGCGACUGAUGAUCGAGAUAAGAUAUAUGCAUUACUGGGUAUGUCUUCAGACGCACAUAGGAGUAACAUCUUAGACCCAAAGUGCGAUAAGUCAUCUCAACAAGUCAUUCGAGAAGUCAUCUCAUUCAUAUUAUCUGAAAAGUAUCCUCAACUGAUAGAUGAUGCGUCACUCUAUCAGUGUCUUGACUGGAAUUUGACAAAGUUUUUAGAUAAUGUGGAAGAUUUAGAAGGUGUUAUUUUGAUGGAUGCGUUUCAAGGAGCAGAAGAAAACUUCCUCAAGCUAUUGAUUGAAACAGAUGUGUGUCGAUUUGUCUCGAGAGGCUUUCAUGAUCGAACUCCGGUACAUUGGGCCGUUCAAAGAGAGCAGCCCAUCAUUUUAAAGAUGUUGCUUGAAGCAUAUCUGUGUAGUUUCGAGAAGAGAGGUUCAGAAAAGCAAACACCAUUGUCGUUAGCUAUUCAAACAGGAAACGCUAAAAUUGUCGAGUUAGUCCUUAAUACAGGCGUAGACAUUGAGGUGACAUGCUUGAAUGGUCUAACACCAUUGUUACUAGCUAUUGAGAAUGACAAAAUCAAUGUUGUUGCCUUGCUUCUUCGGAGAGGUGCUGAAUAUAAAGUACAGAACAAGACGAGCCCUGAAAUAUUAUUACGAGGAAGAGAUAGAUCUGGCAAACCCAUAUCUCCAAUUUCAAUCCAAUAUUAUCAACUUCCAUUAUCAGCCGCAAUUAAGGAUGGGAAUCACGAUAUCACUAAAUUGCUACUUGACCGUGGUGCAGCUCUCAAAGAUGAGGACUUAUCGUCAGCUAUUGAGUGUGCAAACGACGAGAUGGUUGAGCUCUUGAUUGACCACGGUAUUGGCACAGACACUUUAAAGCGUGGAAUACGUCUGCGGUUGGCAGCUAAGCUUGGAAACGUCAAAUUUGUCGGGGCACUCAUCAAGAGGGGUUAUGCGCUUGAAAGUAAAAAUGGAGAAGGCCAAACACCGUUGAUGUUGGCUGUCAAAUACGGUCACUAUAAAACCAUUAAACUGUUACUCGAAAGCGGCGCUGAGAUCCACAGCAAAGAUUCGUUCAAUCAAACACCGUUGAUGUUGGCUGUCAUAUACGGUCACUAUAAAACCAUUAAACUGUUACUCGAAAGCGGCGCUGAGAUCCACAGCAAAGAUUCGUUCAAUCAAACGCCAUUAACGCUAGCAAUCAAGGAUGGAAACAAGGAGUUUGCAGAGCUUCUGCUUCAACAUGGUGCCGGGAUUAACAUUGAAUCUUCACUCAGGAUGCCAUUGAUGACGGCGAUCAAAAAUGGAAACAAGGAAGUUGUAGAGCUUCUGUUUCAAUAUGGUGCCAGGAUUGGCAGUGGAAUUUCACGCGUAAGGCCAUUAAUAGCGGCGAUCAAAAAUGGAAACAAAGAAGUUAUAAAGCUUCUGCUUCAACGAGGUGCUGAGAUUCACAGUAAAUAUUUGUUCGAUCAAACGCCAUUAAUGAUGGCGAUCAAAAAUGGAAACAGGGAAAUUGUAGAACUUCUGCUUCAAAACGGUGCUGAUUCCGAAAGAAAAGCUAAGGGCCGUCUACCGCCAUUUUUACUGGCUACUGAAUGGAAACACUACGACAUUGUUGAAUUAUUAAUCCAAAGGGGCGCGGAUAUUGAAGUGAAAGAUGAUCUUGGUAGAACAGCAUUGUCACUGGCUGCUGCGUACGGAAUAUUGGAAAUUGUUCGGCUUUUGCUUGAGAAUGGCGCAGAGCUUGAGACGAAAGACCAUACCGGAAGAACACCAUUGCAGAAUGUAAUGGCUUCGGAUGGCUCCAUAGAUGAUAAUCCUGUCCGAAAAGGGGUCGUUGCGCUCUUGCUUGCAAAGGGUGCUAAGCUCGGAGCAAAAGAUCGGGAGGGAAAAACACCGUUGCAGAAUUUGAAGGCUUCGAAUUAG